AUGGCUACCCGCGCUUGCAUCGCUCUAUCGAGGCCAUUCCUCGCACGGCGCAACUUCUCAAGCACGCGGGCGUCCAGCGCAGACGUCACACAUGCGGUGAUUGGAGCUGGCGUUGUCGGUCUUGCGAUCGCGCGACAAUUGGCGUCGAGACAGGGUACCUCGACUAUUCUCUUGGAGCGGCAUGAUGCAGUGGGGACCGAGACGAGCAGUCGCAAUUCCGAGGUAAUCCAUGCGGGGAUCUACUACGGAACCGACUCCCUCAAAGCGAAACUCUGCAUCCGCGGCAAACAAAUGAUGUACGACCUCUGCGCAAAACAAGGCAUCCCGCACCGCAACACGAAGAAAUGGAUCGUCGCGCAGAACGAAGAGCAAUGGGCCGCCGCGCUGGGCACGCACAAGCUCGCGCAGACCCUCGGUGUACCCACCCGGCUCGUCGGCCGCGAGGAGGCCCAGCGGCGGGAACCCGAAGUCCAAGCUCUAGCGGGGAUCGUGGAGAGCGAGACGACGGGCAUCGUCGACAGCCACGCGCUCAUGACAUACCUGCAGGGCGACUUCGAGGACCGCGGCGGGGACUGCGCGUUCCUGACGAACGUGACGGGGAUCGAGGCGCUGGAUGGCGGCCGGGCCGGGUACAGAAUCACGGCUGUGUCGGCGGACGGGGCCGAGACCUCCAUCACGGCGGAGACGCUCAUCAACAGCGCGGGAAACGGGGCUUGCGCGAUCAACAACAUGGUCCUGCCACGGGAGCGGCACCGCACCCCGUUCUACGCCAAGGGCACGUACUUCUCGUACUCGGCUUCGUUUCCCAGGACUUCCGUGCUGGUUUAUCCGGCUACGCUGCCGGGCCAUGGGGGGCUGGGGACGCAUUUGACGCUGGACCUGGGGGGACGGAUCCGCUUCGGCCCGGACGUCGAGUGGGUGGAUGAUCCGACGGAUCUGAAGCCCAGUCCGGCGAGGCUGCAGCAGGCCCUGCCGGAGAUCAAGGCGUACCUGCCGCGUGUUGCCCCGGAAGCCAUCAGUCUGGAUUACUGCGGCAUCCGACCGAAGCUGGGCCGCGGCGGCGCCGUCAACACGGGCAAGGGGUUCCAGGAUUUUGUCAUUCAGGAGGAGGAGGGAUUUCCGGGCUUCAUCAAUCUGCUAGGGAUCGAGAGUCCAGGGUUGACGAGUUCGCUCGCCAUCGCCGAGAUGGUCGAUGGGCUUCUCUAUAGGUGA